AACCUUGGUACCUCUCCCGCUACUCUGAGGUUGGGUGGCAGACGGAGGGAGUCCGCCGGUGAACGAGUAAUAGAAGAAAAUAAAAGCAAGCAAAAUGCCCUCCAAUAAAGAUGACGGCGGCUGGAAGGAGUUCCUGUGGAAUUCAGAGAGGGGGGAGCUGCUGGGGCGAACCGGGGGAAGCUGGUUCAAAAUUGCAGUCUUCUAUGUCAUCUUCUACGGCCUCCUGGCAGGGGUCUUUAUUGGCACCAUCCAGGCCAUGUUGAUGACCUUGAGUGAGUACAAGCCCACCUGGCAGGACAGAGUUGCACCCCCUGGCCUUUCACAUACCCCACGUUCUGACAAAGCUGAGGUGUUCUUCAGUGUGAGGGAGUCGGAGACCUACCUGCCUUACGUCAAAGCUCUGAGGGACUUCAUGAAACAAUAUGAUGACAACAUUCAGAACAACAACAUGUUGUUUGAGGAUUGCGGAGAACAACCUGCAGACUACAAGCAUAGAGGUGACUUGGAGAGCGACAUGGGUGGUGUUAAGGCUUGCAGGUUCCCCAGGUCUCUGCUGGGUUCUUGCUCCGGCCUUGAAGACAAUGAUUUUGGUUUCAAGGAUGGCAAGCCAUGCCUGAUUGUGAAGCUCAACCGGAUUGUCAAUUUUCGUCCCAGGCCUCCCGGCAACAACGACAGCAUUCCUGAAGAGGCAAAACCUAAAGUCCAGGCCAACGUCAUCCCUCUCUACUGCACUAACAAGAGAGAGGAGGAUGCUGAUAAAAUCGGGGAGAUCAAAUAUUACGGAAUAGGCGAAGGCUUCCCUCUGCAGUAUUACCCCUACUACGGCAAGCGGCAUCAACCCCAAUACCUCCAGCCACUGGUAGCGCUGCAGUUCACCAACCUGACCCGGAACACUGAACUGCGCAUCGAGUGCAAAGUGUUUGGAGAAAACAUCUACUACAACGAGAAGGACCGCUACCAGGGACGCUUUGACAUCAAGAUCCAGGUUAACUCAUGACCGUCUGGAAAAUAGCACCCCCCAUCUCUCCCCACACGUCCCUUUAAAUGGUACCGCACAUGCGAAGGGAUGAGUCAACCCUCACUAGUCUUAAACCGAUGAAAGGAAAUGCUUGUUGGGGCGUUGUGGUAAUCAGCCUUCAUUACUAGCUUCUGCACCUUUUUCUAGCCUUUAGACUUAAAUUUAGAGAUGAAAUUAGCAAUAGGGCCAAUAAAUGUCUAGUUAUUCAAAUGUAAAUGAGUUACCCACAAGCCAUGGGACAUCACUGAAGAGUGUAAUUCAUCAUGUCUGUCCCCUC